UUGUCCUUGACCCACGUGACAGGCUCGGGGCAAACAAGCCGGUCAGCUGACUCGUUCUGACUGCGCCGUCAUCCCUGCUAUAAGCGAGCAACCUUAGGCGCUGGGCUCGGACACGGCCGCCGCCGCCAUGCAGCCCCCGGUCCUCAUGCUGCUCGCCCUCGGCCUAUUGGCCGGGACCUCCACCGCGCUCAUCAGAAUUCCCCUGCACAAGUUCACAUCCAUUCGCCGCACCAUGACGGAGGCUGGGGGCUCCAUUGAAGACCUGAUCGCCCACGGUCCCUUGACUAAGUACUCACCACAGUUGUCCACCAAGACCACAGGUCCAGUUCCAGAGAUACUGAAAAACUACAUGGAUGCUCAGUACUAUGGGGAGAUUGGCAUCGGAACCCCGCCGCAGUGCUUCACAGUCGUCUUUGACACGGGCUCCUCCAACCUGUGGGUCCCCUCUUCCAGAUGCUCUAUGCUCGACAUAGCCUGCUGGUUCCACCACAAGUACCACAGUGACAAGUCCAGCACCUACAUGAAGAAUGGCUCGUCCUUCAACAUCCAUUAUGGCUCGGGCAGCCUUUCUGGGUACUUGAGCCAGGACACUGUGUCGGUGCCCUGUAAAUCAUCUGAGUCUAAGCCCAGCAACAUCAAAGUGAAGAAGCAGACCUUUGGGGAGGCCACCAAGCAGCCAGGCAUCACCUUCAUUGUGGCCAAGUUUGAUGGCAUCCUGGGCAUGGCUUACCCCCGCAUCUCUGUCAACAAUGUCCUGCCGGUCUUUGACAACCUGAUGAAUCAGAAGCUGAUGGAAAAGAAUGUCUUCUCCUUCUUCCUAAACAGGGACCCGAGUGCACAUCCUGGUGGGGAGCUCAUGCUGGGUGGCAUUGACAGCAAGUACUACAAAGGCUCCUUCACCUAUCUGAACGUCACCCGCAAGGCCUAUUGGCAGGUUCACAUGGACCAGUUGGAGGUGGGCAAAGGGCUGAACUUGUGCAAGGGGGGCUGUGAGGCCAUCGUGGACACAGGCACCUCCCUCCUGGUGGGUCCCGUGGAUGAAGUAAAGGAGCUGCAGAAGGCCAUUGGGGCCAUACCGCUGAUCCAGGGCGAGUAUAUGGUCCCCUGUGAGAAGGUGUCCAGCCUGCCCUCAAUCACCCUGAAGCUUGGAGGCAAUGACUACCUCCUGACCCCAGAGGACUAUGUUCUCAAGGUGUCACAAGGCGGGAAGACCAUCUGCCUGAGCGGCUUCAUGGGCAUGGACAUCCCCCCGCCCAGCGGGCCUCUCUGGAUCCUGGGUGACAUCUUUAUUGGCCGCUACUACACCGUCUUCGACCGAGACAACAACAGGGUGGGCUUCGCCCAGGCCUCCAAGCUCUAGCUCAGUUCUGUCCAGUGGUGGAGAAAUGGCCCGGAGUCCAGUAGGAGGCUGCCCAGCCCUCCAGCCCCUUCCCCACUCAUACACACUUACACACUCGCCACGUGGCUCUGGAGGCCCUGAGCUCAUCACUGUUCUGUGGCUUUCCCUCCUUGGAGUGAAAAUACUGCUGGUGUGUUUGAGGAUGGUGGAGACCGGUCCAGUGCACAGGUCUGUUACUUACUUGGAAGACCCAGCAUGGGCUUGGUGACUGCCCAGUUUGUGCAUCCCAGGAGCCCCUGCCCUGCAACAGACUGUCUUCCUCUGGAAACUGGCCCACCCGAGAUCCCUCUGUUCAGCCUGGCUCUGCGGCUUACACUCAUCCUCGUACCCCAGCCUCUGUACAAGCCUGACAGGUCAGAGGAGCCUGUGGACUAAAACCAGACAAAGGGGCUGCAGCGUCACCCUGCGGUGUGAUCUGCUUGGAGUGGGCACAUAUUGGCCUAGGUGGGCAGCACAGACUCCCCACUAUGGCUGACCUCUGCUGCCCUCUCCCCAGGGACUGAGAGCCACAGUGAUUUUACGAAAAUAAAAUUGUUUGGGCCUCUU